AUGAACGCUCAACUUCAAUGGAAGAACUUCUCCUUCAAACUGGUGUGCCUCUUUUUCAGUUAUUUGUCCUGGGCUCUUGGCAUAGGCCUAGCCUGCAGCAGAUCUUGGCGCGUGUGGGAGUUUAACAGCGAUGUUGUUCCCAUUGUGUUCAUUGGACUUUGGGACGUUUUCUUUUCUCAAACAUCUAACAUCUCUGGCUCAAUGGCUGAGGUGCCGAUGCACUGCAGGAUCAACGGGAGCUGGGUCAUUUCAGAUGAAAUCCAGUAUGGUCAGGACCUGAUAUUGUUGGCAAAUUUUAUGAAAUCAGUAGCCCUGGUUUUUGGCUCACUGGCACUUUUUAUAAGCUGUAUCAACGGCCCAUACCCAGAUUUCCUCCAAUCGUGUUACAACAUUUCUGCCUUCUUCCUUUUCCUCAGCUCUAGUUGUACCAUGGUUACAGUGAGCUGGAAUUUCACCGUGGAUUUUUAUGGCGAAACCACCCUUGACUUCCCACUUAGCUUUCCUGUUGAAAAAGAGAUGCUAAGGAAGAAACACCUCUCCUAUGUGUUCCCACUAGGAAUUGUAACUGCCACCCUCUCGCUAACAAGUGCCGCCAUGUUCUUCUGUGAAACGCGUUCACUAAAACACUGGAAUCGGGAGAAACCCAUGGCUGUGGCCGAACAUUCAAAACAAAAGGUGUGA